UCUCUGCCUUCUUACUUUCACCAUCACCUACAUGGUCUUCCCAUACGUUCGACAUUGAUACAGCAGCAACAAGACAAUGUCAAUUCGGAUUGUAGAAAGAGAUGAUGUAGGGCGGCUUCACUACAUCGACAUUGUCAACGAUGAGAUAACAGUAAGGGCGGACACUGGUGGCAGCAAACCAUUGCCAUUUGCCGAAACACUUUCAAAGGUCUUUCUGCCCGCUGGAUACCCCGACAGUGUUACUCCUGAUUAUUUUCGGUACCAGGUUUUAAAUGCCCUCCAAGCGUUCUGCAGUUCCCUAGCCAGUUUACUGUCAUCCAGGGCCGUAUUAGAGGGUUUUGGCGUUGGAGACCCGUCGGCUUCCGCUACGAAUGCCCUCCUUCUCACCGUCGUUCUGGACUUCUUCAGUCGAAUGACCACCAUCGUAUCUGCUUCUCUUAUUGGUACAUCCCUGAUCCCUGAAUCAAAGACCUACCGAUUCCUCGCGGACAUUCUGAAUGACGGUGCGAUCGUGUUGGAGACCCUUACGCCUGUCUUCGUAGCAGCUUCUAAACAUGGUCUGCCAUCACUGAGAGUUCCAACGCUAUGUUUAAGCGCGUCGCUUCGGUCAUUGUGUGGAGUAGCUGCGGGAGGCUCCAAAGCUGCUAUCGGCCUUCAUUUUGCCACUCCUGUAAAUGGCAAAGGAGACCUGGGAGAUCUGAGUGCCAAGGAUGCGAGCAAAGAAACCGUUUUGGCCCUUUUGGGUAUGCUGAUUGGCACUUUGAUAGUCCCUCGCAUUACAACGCCUACGUCAACGUAUACUAUGCUCGUCGUUUUGGUCUCCCUACAUCUUGUGCUGAAUUACUACGGCGUCCGGGGACUGUCGCUCAGGACCUUGAACCGUCAAAGAGCUAACAUCUUGUGGUCCACAUUCCGAGAGACCAAGGACGUCCUGUCUCCCACGGAAGUGACGAAACAUGAACACAUCUUUGCUAACUCCAGCAUUUUGAAAGAUGUCACGACGGGGCAAGAGUUGGGAUCUUGUACCUUUGCGUCCGAAGGCUUGGGAAGCAUCUUCGCGACCGGUCAUGGAGUUCUACUUUUUGAUGUGUUCAAAACUGAGCAAUACCUCUUAUGGUUCCAUCGUACAUGUAUAGACAGCUCGGGUAAAAAGUUGAUGGGUGGCGCUCCACGUAUGCAUAUUGUUUUGAAGAAGGGGCAUGGUGCCUUAGACCAUCUGAAGGCAUGGGUCCACGCAUAUGAAGUAGGGAAGCUUCUGGCGGAGUAUCCAAAAACCGAAGAUCCGACUAUGGCGCUUUGUGUCUCGUACGCCAGCGCUGUAGAACAUUUGCCGUUAUUUCUGAAGGAGCUGGCCGAGAAAACGUGGAUGGUAGAGGAGGGUGGCUUGGUGACUACCUUGCCACGAAAGCUUUUAGUAGAGGUAGACGUUGUUUCCGGUGGAGAGCCGCGGAAAGACCAAUAACCGCUGUACGAUGUUCCUCAAAGUAUACACAUUACGGAAAAUUCCGCUUAGAUUACGCAAUUUCACUUAUUCAUGACUCUGAGCCCUUCGCUUCAGAGUCCAUCAGUAGUGGUUGCCUCUCAGUUGCAGUAUAUCGCCCGCUAACCAG